UACUCUUGGCUAUCCAACACUGCACUUUUUUUCUGUUUUUCCUCUCUGUGAUGGCCUCUUUAUCUGCAUACCCAUGUCUCUCUCCAUUCCCACAAACAUCAACAGCAAAAACAAAACCCCCUUCUCACUACAAACCAUCCAUUAGAGCUGAGAAUCCAAAUGCCACCCAACCCACAGACUCAUCCUCCUCCUCCACCAAUGCUCCACCUUCUACCAUUCCUAAGAAACCUGUUUAUUCCAUGAAGAAGGGUCAGAUUGUGAGGGUGGUUAAAGACAAGUAUCUUAACAGUGUUAAUUAUUUGUCGGUCGGGCAUCCUCCUUAUUACAAGGGUUUGGACUACAUUUAUGAAGACCGUGGCGAGGUCUUGGAUUUACGAAUGUUUGAGACCGAAGAGUACGCACUUAUUGCAUGGGUUGGGGUUCCAACUGCACCCGCCUGGCUUCCAACAGAGAUGCUAAUGAAGUCGGAGAAACUGGAUUAUGAGAGAAUGUAAGCAAAUUCAAAGCAGCAAAGUUUAAUCUUCACUUUAUUUAGUUAUCAUUCACAACUCAUAUUGUAUCUUCUCGAGUUGGGGCUAUUAACCGGAACUACGUUAUAAUCACGCGUUAGAUAUUAACUUUUCAAUAGUAUAUUAUAUGGAAAAAAAAUAAGUUAUUGAAAAAAAAAUGCUCUGCUAUGAUGGAUCAAAUAAAAAUUGAUAUUAUUUGAAAUUUUAUAAAUAUUUCAUUCCUGAUUA